AACAUACGCAACGAAUGCCGUUAAAGAAAAAUUAAUUACAAAAAUUGCCAAGCCGGCUAAAAGGAGCAAACGCAAGGUCACCGUUGUGGGCUGCGGUCAAGUGGGCAUGGCAUGCGUAAUGAGCAUACUAACACAAAAUGUCUCCAAUGAAGUAUGUAUAAUAGAUGUUAACGAAAAGUUAAUGAAUGCAGAGGUUCAAGACGUUCAACAUGGUUCCAUCUUUCUGAGAGAUGCUAAAAUUGUUCCCAGCACGGGUUAUGAAGCUACAGAAUGUUCGGCUGUAUGUAUUGUGACCGCCGGAGCACGUCAAACGAAGGGUCAGACGCGAUUAGAUCUACUCAAAACAAAUGUCAAUAUUUUGAAUCAAAUAAUACCACAACUGGUAAAAUAUUCGCCCGAAACCGUAAUAGUUGUGAUCUCAAAUCCCUGUGAUAUUUUAACUUACGCCGCUUGGAAGCAGUCAGGACUGCCAAAGGAGCGUGUCUUUACCACUGGCACCCACUUGGAUACAGCUAGAUUUCGUUACUUCAUAGCACAACGUCUGGGCGUAACACCUAGCUCGGUGCAGGGUUAUGUAAUUGGUGAACAUGGCGACAGUUCUGUACCAGUUUGGAGCAGCGUUAGCGUAGCUGGUACACGCUUCACGGAUCUUGCCGCGUGUAUAGGCACUGAAGGUGACACAGAUGGUUGGGGCGAGAUACAUAAGAAAGUAGUCAAAGCGGCAUACGAAGUAAUUGCCGGCAAAGGCUAUACUAAUUGGGCCAUAGGACUCUCGGCAGCGUCUGUAGUUUCUAUGAUAUUGGAUAACAAAAACGAAGUGGCCACAAUUGGCACGUUGGCUAAAGGCCAUCAAGGCAUCGAACAAGAUAUAUUUCUUUCAUUGCCGGCUGUGGUUGGUGCCAAUGGUGUAACAUCGUUAAUAAACCUACAGUUGAGCGAAACGGAGCAAGACAAUUUGUGCAAAUCUGCUGAGACUUUGGACAAAGCGACAAGAUCUAUUGCAACCAAAACUCCGGAGAAGAAGAAGAAAAAAUAA